UUCCGAAGAGCCGAUUCCGACAGCAAUACUUCAUCGACAGCAGCAGUCAGUACAGCCAUCCCGACUACGGCAGUCACCAUGAUCACAAACGCAGCAGAAACUAAUAACAUUGAUCCGUUUACAAUUUGUGCGGAACCUAGGCCUAUUGAAAUCAACUGUUCGUCUGGCCGUUUGACGAUGUCCCAGCCGGAUCUACAACGUGCCGAGGACACCACUGUCGUCUUUCGCAUUGAUCGGUCAUUCGCCUGCGUAUAUAAAUUGUACAACCUCCAUAUGGUGGUGUUGGAACUGUCCAACUUAACCCAGCAAAAGGACAUCGAGCAAGAUCAACAAGAAGUGAUCAGCGCGGAAUGUAGCAAUGGAGUGUACACUCUCAGCUCGACCGACCCGGAGAAUUCGCACGCCAACCGACUCGAUUUUCGCUCUGAUCUGAGCAGCCAGUGUUUCACGAAAUUCACGGAAGUUUUGGAUUACAUUCACAACGACCUAGCAGCAGCUCACAAUACUUCUUCCGCGACGGCAGCAAGUACGGGACUUGCACUCCCUAAUGAGAUGUGGAGGACCUGUGGAGACAUCGUUGUCGCAAAUUGCUCCGAGGGAACGUUCAUAUUCUCCCGUACUCAAAAUGCAACCACACAAUCAGACGGUGUGGUUAUUUUAAUUGACCACACGUUCGAGUGUCGGAGCACUCUGGUGGCUAUUCACGAGCACAUUCUGGCCCAGGAUAUGACCACCGUGCAACUUCCUACGGCACCGCUUUUGAAGUCGAUCACUGUGCACUAAAGGUCGCGUAUUUGUCUCCGAAGGUCAUCCGCGACGAUCGAAGAAAACAACGAUAGAAUAUAGAGCCAAGGCAAGCAAAUUCUGUCGCGAUGCUUUUCAAAAGUUUGUGGACUAUUUGUUUGGGUUGUAGCAUUUAUAGUCGCCCGUGGUUUUAGAACGUUGAUUACCAUGGUUCAUGUUUGCUUUUAUUACCGUAUCCAUGGUUUCGUAUGGA